AUGGCUUUGACAAAUACUAGACCGUUGCAGAUUCCUGCUUUGCAAAGUGAAAUAUUGCACAACACAGCGUCACCAGUUUUUCAGGCGAGCUCUUUGGUGUUCAAUCCAAAACAUGAUGAUGCAAACCAGUUGAGUUCGUUGAAUGCAAUUCCAAAUACCCCUUCUUCAGAAAGCUCACCUAGCUUGCACGAGAGCUAUGGUUCUAAGGGCAAGAAAGAUAGUAAAGACAACAGCACACCAAAGCGUGAUUCUCCAAGUUUGGAAAUAUCGAAGAUUGUUCCGGUCACUGGGGAAAGACCUAUGCCAAGUGAUAGAACUUCUCCAUUAGAUGAUGAUGUUCUUCAUGCCGUAUUUGUAAUUUUGUGGGAAAAGGAUCCUGAAGCACAGGGCAUGACAGUUAAGCAAUUAUCGGACUAUCUUCUAGAAAAACAUCCUGAGAUGAACAAUUUGUCUACGAAAUUGUCCAAUCUAAUAUCUGCUAAGCUGAAUGCCUAUGUCAAAAAGUUGGAAAAGGGAGAAAAGACUCUGACGUACGCUUUAUCCAGGGAGUGGUCGAAUUCGUCACCGAGAAGAAUGGUUUACGUGUAUAGAGGAAUUUUAUCUUCGGAUUACAAAAAGCAUGCGCAAGCUGCAGCUGUCCAAUUGAAACAACAACAGCAGUCUACAGGAUCCAAGAAUAACGGACGCAUCGAACCGAAUGCACAUAUGAAAAAGUCAUUUAGCAACGCCUCAGAUGUCUCUUUGUCUGGAUUUAAGAACAAUAAUAGUAUCUUGGGCGCAACAACAAAUCUUGGAUUUUCAUUAAGUCCCGAAUUCAAUAUACCUUACUCUACCUCUCCAGUUUCCGCUAUUUUAACGCCAAAUUCCGGAAAUGACAAUCCCGUGUCAAAUGAAAGUGAUUCCAGUAAGAAAAGGUCACAAACAGAUGGAAGCAAAACCGUGAAAGAUCUAUCAAAUGGUCCUGUAGCGAAGAAAGUGAAGCACAAUGACUUAACACCGGGCACUCAAAUCAACAGAGGAACAACUAAUAACACUGGAAACAUUAUUAGCAAUAACAGUGCUAAUAGUACUAAUUAUAUUACCGUAGCGGCAGCUGCCCCAAGACGUUCGAAAUUUUCUUCGAAAAAUGAGUUCAAGACUAACUCUCAAAAUUCCGCUAAUAUUGUAGCAGCUAUUCACAAGGCCAUAUCCACACAGACCCCAAUUGAAAAAAGUGGUAACCAAAUAGGUCAUGGAAGUUCUUUAAUUGUUUCUGGCAAUCGUAACGACGUAGGUGGAUUCAUCACUGACUCGUGGGUAAAAAGUAUAAGAGAGGGGUUUCUGAUUCACGACAUAGGUUCACCCGAAUCUUUGUCGUUUGAAGACUUGGAAUAUACUUUCGAUUAG